AUGGAGAAUGUUAAACUCAUUAUACAGAGACUUAAUACAGCCCAAAGUCGUCUGAAAUAUUACGCAAGUGUAAGGAGAAGGGAACUAGAGGUCCGAGUUGAUCGUUGGGUUUUCCUAAAAGUGACACCUAUGAAAGGAGUGAUGAUAUUUGGAAAGAAAGGAAAACUCAUUCCUAUAUAUGUAGGACCUCACAAGAUCAUGAAAAGGAUUGGAAAGGUGGCAGAUGAGUUAGAGUUGCCAGCAGACUUAGCAGCAAUGCAUCCAAUAUUCUACAUCUCGCUCUUGAUGAAGUAUGUGGGUGAUCUAGCUUCUGUGGUGCCAUCAGAUAUUGUGGCAGUUAACCAUAGUCUUUCUUAUGAGAAUAUGCAAUUUGAGAUUCUUGAUCGUCAAGUUAGGUGGUUGACAACAAAGAAUUCGCUUCAGUCAAGAUUACUUGGGAAGCAGAAGCAGCCAUGA